AUGGCUCAAGACAUUUUAGUGCAGCAAUCGGCUGAAAUAAGCGAGUUAAACCGAUUGAUUAGGAACUAUAAAGCCGACGGUCCGCAAAGAAAAACGAAAAAAUAUUUGGAUGACAAAGUGCUUACAUUCAAUGAAUUAUUUCGCGUAAUUAGUGAAAAUAAUAAAAAGUUGCAAUCAUUUUACGACGAGAAUCAACCAUAUUUCAGUGAAAAGACAUUUGAAAAAAUUAAACAAUGUUUUGAUUCCGUUAUGAUCGACAUUUAUGAACGUUUAAAAGUUAUUCAAUGCAGCGCAGGUGGUUCAAAAGACGUUCAAAAUGAGAAACCAUCGGUUGAAAAUCCAAAAAAAACCGAUGAUACUGUUGUUCUACCGUCUGCAAUAGUUAAUAUCGACGAUCUUGAUUCUACCUUUGAAAAUAGAAAUGAUUCGUUUGAAAAUUCAAUUGACGGUAUUGAACCCAACAUUCAACUCGUCAACAAUAAUAUCAGCAAAAAUUCUGCAAAUGAUAUUUUAAUGUUACAACGCGGCGAACUUUUGGAACUCUUUUCAUCAGCACGUAUUUUACGACCAGAUUCAUCAAAGGGUCUUGUAAAGGCUCACAUCGAGAAUAUAUCAAUUGGUUUUGGUGAAUUAAGGAAAUUGGUGUUCAUCCGGAAAAGUGUGGGGGAAGAGAUUGACUUCGACUAUAAUGAAUUUUUUCAAAUUUAUAUGGAGUUAAUGGGUAAGUUGAACGAUCUUUUGAAAUCAAAUUCAUCGCUUUCUUCAAAUGCUCAAUUUUUAUUGCCGUCAAUUAAACUACCAGAAUUUUCUGGUAAGCCAGAAGACUGGAAAAGCUUUAUAGCGCUUUUUGAUAAGAUCGUUCACAAUAACGAUAAGUUGGACACGGAAAUGAAAAUUGAGUAUUUGAAAACAUGUGUCAAAAACGCUGCAGCAAGACUUAUUGGUCAUCUUGACCCAAUUGCCGAAAAUUAUGAAACCUGUUAUUCAUUGCUUCGUAAACGUUAUGACAACAACCGUGAGGUUGUUAGUAACUUACUUGACAAAAUAUUUAAUUUAAACAAAAACAAACAUGAAAAUUCAGAUUCAUUAAAAGCAAUGCAUGACACGGUUUUUGAAUCUUUGAUGGCAAUUCGAAAUUUGGGAAUUACAGAUUCUCAAUUGUUAGAUCAUUUGAUAAUACACAUUUUGACAAAAAAAUUAGAUGUUUCGACGCUCAUUCACUAUGAGUGUCAAUUGCAAAACAAUAGAGAUUUGCAAUCACUGCAAAGUUUUUUAUUUUAUAUUGAAAAUCGUUUUAUGGCCCUUCAAGCGGCUGGCAAAUGCGAAUCAACGAAUUCGAAAUUUGAGACGGCACACAACAAAUUUGAUAAAACCAAUUAUAAAUCGGUUGACUCAUCAUUUAAAAAGAAAUGUCUUUUUUGUGAGGCUAAUCAUGCUAUUGUUGAUUGUCAGGCAUUUAAAAAAGAAGAAGUUCAAUCUCGUGUAGAUUGGGUUAAAAACAAAAAGCUUUGUGCUAAUUGUUUGUCUUCUACACAUCGUACUCAUGACUGUAAAAGCAAAUUUACAUGCAGAAUUUGUAAAAAACAUCAUCAUACGUUGCUUCAUUUGGAGAUCAGAAAUUUCAAAAGCAAUUUGGCUUCAAUUGCAUUUGGUAAGCCAAUUCAUGUUCAGGCUAAUCAUGCAGCUUAUUCAGAUGGGACAGUUUUGCUUGCAACUGCAAUGAUUGCAGUGUUGGAUAAAAAUCGUUUGCCUAUUUUGCUCCGUGCCUUGUUGGAUCAGGGAUCACAAAGUGCGUUCAUUUCAGAAACAGCUGCACAGAAUCUCAAACUUCGAAGAAAACGUAUUUAUGCAACCGUUUCCGGAAUAGGGGCAACAAUUCAGGUUUCAAAAUCAGCGAUUAUGUUGGAUAUUUCUCCUCGUUUUGAGUCUGAUUUUAUCAUGACUUCAGAAGCCAUUGUUUUACCAACAUUAACAAAAAAAACCAAUGAUUCUUUUGCUGAAGAUGAUUUUGAUUUUGUUAAUGGUAUUUUGUUGGCAGAUCCCUCUUUUCUGCGCGAAUCCGAAAUUGACAUAAUUUUGGGAGCAGCUGAGUAUGCUCAGGCAAUCAAAAGUGGUCUCAUUAAAUCAGAACAGAAUUUAAUAGCACAAAAUACCGAAUUUGGUUGGAUUGUUUCUGGUGCUACGAGUAAAGUGUCUCCUUCACCUCAAAUACUUUCUAUGAUCACAAAUGUAGAAUUGGAUGAUAAGCUCAGUAAAUUUUUUAACAAUGAAGAAUUUGUUGAGGUUGAUGCUUUAUCCCUCACUGAGGAAGAAUCAAUGUGUGAAGAUCAUUAUACAAGGACUCAUUUUCGUGAUGAAAAUGGUAGAUUUGUUGUCUCUUUACCAUUCAAAAAUGGUCUAGAAAAACCUGAUCUUGGUGAUUCAAGACGAAUCGCUAUUGCAUCUCUUCUUUCUUUGGAACGUCGUUUCAUUUCAAAACCAGAUUUGAAGAUUCGGUAUUCGGAAUUUUUGAACGAAUACAUCAGUGCUGGUCACAUGCGUGAAGUAAAAAAUUAUCAUCCAGAUUCGUAUUAUUUACCGCAUCAUUGUGUUCUUAAGGAAAGCACAACAACCAAACUUCGGGUUGUAUUUAAUGCUUCACAGACCACUUCAAAUGGAAAAAGCCUUAAUGAACAAUUAGCUCUUGGUCCAAUGGAUCAAAACGAUAUGGUGUCAAUUUUGAUGCGAUGGCGCAAACAUAGAGUGGCAUUUACUGCUGAUCUUGAGAAAAUGUACCGCCAAAUUUUGGUCAAUGAUUCUCAAACUCAUUUGCAACGCAUUCUUUGGCGUGAAUCACCUCGUGCUUCAAUCAAAGAGUUUGAAUUACGGACUGUCACGUAUGGUACAGCCAAUGCUCCUUUCUUGGCGAUUAGAACAUUAAAACAGCUUUCGAUUGACGGUGCGACUGCUUUUCCGUUGGCAUCAGAAGUUAUGCAACAAGAUUUUUAUGUUGAUGACGUUCUUUCGGGCGCAGAUAGUUUGGAAAAGGCCCAGAUUCUUUAUGAUGAAUUGAUCGGACUCACUUCUUCUGCUUGUCUUAAUUUGCGAAAAUGGUCGUCUAAUUCGAAUGAAUUAUUGUCUCGCGUUCCAUCCGAAAAACAAGAACUACAGUCAGUUAAUGACAUUAUUAGAGCUCUGGGUGUGUCUUGGUGCACAAAAGAAGACAAACUGUUAUUUGACAUUACAGUUGAUGCUUUUUCAAGACCAACAACUAAACGUCAAUUGGCAUCGGAAAUCGCGUCACUUACAGAUCCUUUGGGUUUUAUCAGUCCAGUAAUAGUCGUUGGAAAACACAUUUUUCAAGAAUUGUGGGCUGAAAAGUUGAAUUGGGAUGAUCCCGUUCCAAGUGAGUUUGUGGAUAGAUGGAUUAAAUUGAAGUCUGAAUUUCAUUUAAUUUCAAAUUUUAGCAUUUCACGUUGGAUUGAUUACAUUCCAUUAGAUAUAAUUGAAUUGCAUGGUUUUUGUGAUGCAGCCGUAAUCUUCAUAAAGAAUGUGUCAAAAAGAACUGCGCAUUUUUUGUUUUCAAAGACGCGUGUUACGCCAAUCAAAGAGGCAAAAAACAGUGAUAAUUUGACAAUUCCACGACUCGAAUUAUGCGGUGCUUUAUUGCUCGCACAGUUGACAAAAAAAAUACUUGAGAAAAUGGACAUUGAGUUUUCUCGUGUUUGUUUAUGGUCUGAUUCCAAGAUAGUUUUGGAUUGGAUUCAUGCAAAUCCAAAACGAUAUAAGAUUUUUAUCGCCUCCAGAAUCACAAAAAUAAACAAACUUGUUGAUCGUCAGUGUUGGUCGCAUGUUCGCUCGGAACAAAAUCCUGCAGAUUGUGCGUCCAGGGGUAUUUCACCUUCUGAAUUGGUCAAUCAUCAUUUAUGGUGGCAUGGGCCACAAUUUUUGGUGGAUGAAUCAUUGGAACCACCACGGUAUAAACCAGCCGUUGACAUUCAUGCUGGUUUAGAGUUGAAAACAUCUUUUAAUUCAGGUGUUCUUAAAUCAGACGAAUUAAGUAAAUCUGAGUUAGCAAUUGUUAGGGUGAUGCAGAAUGAAUGUUUUGAGUUGGAGAAAAAAUGUCUUCAAGGAAAGCAACAUAAUAAAUUGCCACGUUCAAACGCCUUUCUAUCUCUUAGUCCGUUUGUGGAUGAAGCUGGUAUUUUAAGGGUGGGUGGUCGUUUAAGAAAUGCAAAUAUGCCUUUCGAAGCGAAACAUCAGAUUUUGCUUCCGAAACAUCAUUCGAUUACAGCUUUGAUCAUUAAGGAUUGUCAUGAAAGAUGUCUUCAUGGUGCGCCAAAGCUUACUGAGUCCGUUUUUAGACAGAAGUUUUGGGUAACGCAAAGUUAUAGCACGAUUAAAUCCGUUCUUCAUCGUUGCGUCAAAUGCUUCAAGGUAAACCCAAAAUCCUUGACUCAGUUCAUGGGUGAUUUACCAGCCGCACGUAUCACACCUGGUCAGAAACCAUUCACAAGCACAGCCGUUGAUUACACUGGAGCAGUGUUGAUAAAAUUGUUGAGUGGUCGGGGUUAUAAAACUCAUAAAGCUUAUGUGGCCAUUUUUGUAUGCAUGGCAACAAAAGCCAUCCAUAUUGAGGCAGUCACUGAUUUGACUGCCGAUGCUUUUAUAGCAUCUUUUAGACGAUUUGUUUCACGAAGAGGUGUUGUUCGAGAUUUGUUCAGCGACAACGGAACGAAUUUUGUAAGUUCGAACAAAAUUUUGAUGGAAAAUUUGGAUUCCAUUGAUGCGCAUUAUGAUUCUGCGGUUUGUGAAGAACUUGCGAAAAAUGGAACACGUUGGCAUUUCAGUCCACCGGGUGCGCCACAUUUUAACGGUUUAGCAGAAGCUGCCGUUAAAUCAGUUAAAUUACACCUUAAAAAAAUAUUAACUGAUGCGAAACUGACUUUUGAAGAGCUCAGCACUUUGUUAGCUCAGAUCGAGGCGUGUGUCAAUUCACGUCCUCUGUGCUCGUUUUCUUCGGAUCCUAAUGACGUCGGUGUUCUUACACCAGCACAUUUUUUGGUCGGUGAAUCUUUAAUAUCACCACCCGAGCAAUGUCAUCUCGAGACUAAAGCAGGUUGGUUGACACGCUGGCAGAAAGUUCAGCAAAUGGCUCAACAUUUUUGGAAGAGAUGGCAAUCGGAUUAUUUGAACCAAUUGCAGGUCAAAUCGAAGUGGUUUAAUCGUGAAAAUUCAUUACGAGUGAAUGAUAUGUGUCUUAUUCGCGAUGAAAAUCUUCCACCCACGCAGUGGAAAACUGGAAGAGUAACUGAUGUGCAUCCUGGAGAAGAUGGUUUAGUCAGAGUUGUCACUCUGAAAACGAAGGACGGACAACUCAAAAGACCAAUUGCUAAAUUGUGUUCACUUCCAUACAAUAAUUCUGAUUUACCUGAAGAAAAAAAGAAAGUACUCAGGUCAAAUUGCAUUAGAAUUAUUCCCAAGAAAAGAUCGUUUGGUGUGUUACCAAUUUUGACCACAAUUUUGGCAUUAUGUGCGACUAUGACACAUCAAGCACCU